AAGUCCCCGGCCAGGGGCCCUGAGGCAAAAUCCACUACUGAUUGGAUACAUGUGAAGCUUACAGCUGAUCCUACUAAUCCCACCGUUAAUUGGAUAUUGGUUGUGUGUAACCCCAAGAAGUGUAUAAAACCGGAGAGAAAUAAGGAAGCAGUGCUCAGAAUUUGGUGGUAUGCCCCUGUGAGCCUGCCGGUGAAAUAAAGCUGAUUCUCCGACCCUCUAUGUGCUGCUGGGUUCUUUCCCUAGUUAAUCGCUGGUCACUUGCUACAACAUUAUCAAUCCUUGUGACGUGUGAUAUGGACAUUCAGGUGCAAUCAGAGAAAAAUGUUGGAUUUUGUCAAAUGUUUUUUCUGGGUCUAUUGAAAUGAUCAGGUGGUCUUUGUACUUUGUUCUAUUAUCAUCUUGAAUUAUAUUAAUUGAUUUUUAGAUAUUAACCUGAUCUUGCAUUUCUAGGAUAAAUCCCACUUGGUCAUAAUGUAUAUUCCUUUUUGUAUGUUGCUAGAUUCAAUUUGUUAGUAUUUUGUUGAAGAUUUUUGUGUCCAUAUUCAUAAGAGAUAUUGUAUUGUAGCUUUCUUUUCUGUGAUGUCUUUUCUGGCCUUGAGUUGGGAAGUGUUUCCUGAUCUAUUUUGGGGGAUGAAUUUGUGAAUUGGUAUUAGUUCUUCUUUAAACAUUUGGUAGACUUCACAAGGGAAACCAUCUAGUCCUGGGCUUUUUUUUCAUUGGAGUUUAAAAAGUACUAACUCAAUUUCUUAUUCAGAUUUUCUGUUUCUUUCUAAGUCAGUCAGUGGUUUGUGUCAUUCUAAGAAUUUGUCUGUUUCAUCCAAGUUAUCUAAUUCAUUGUCAUAUAGUUCAUGACAUUUCCUUAUAAUCCUUUAAGAUAUUCUUUCCUCCCCUCCCCCCCCCUUUUUUUUGUCUUGUGGUUUUCUGCAUUUAUCUAAAUGUGGACUUCUUUUAAAUUUAACUUGAUGUGUGCCUUUAAUUUGAGGACUAAUGUCUAUCUUUAGUUUUGGAAAACUCAUAUACAUUAUCUCUUUGAAAGUUGUAUCUCCCCCAUUCUUUCCUUUUUCUUCUUUGUGGACUUUUAAGUCUCUUAAUGUUUGUACUUUCUAUCUUAUUUCUUUGAACUGAGUUCAGGAUGAUUUCUCCAAUUUAUCUUUCAUUUCACUAAUUCUUUCCUUUGCUGGGUUUAAUUUUCUACUUAACCUAGCUAUUUACUUUUAAAUUUCAAUACCAUAUGUCACACAUUCAUUUAGUACUUUUUCCAACUGGCCUGUUUCUUCCCUGCUCAUACUAUCUUGUUCUUUUUUUAAUGGUUUUUUUAUUUAAAGUCUUUUACAGAUGUUUUCUUUUAUCUCUAGUUCUUUGAGUGCCAGUUCCAUUUUCUGACUCCCUUGUGAUGGUUUGUUUUCUCAGGCACUUUUGGAAGUAUGUACUUAUUGGUGAUGAUGUCUAGGACAUAUCAAACAUGUGAGUGGAUGGCUAAGGCGGGGUAGAGGAAAAGAUUAUUGGAAGGCUCAUCCCACAGGGCUUUGCACGUCUGGCUGCUGCUUAUCCUACAAGUCUCUCUCAGGAGUCACGUCCUUAAAGCCUUCCCAGGCAUCCCUACCUAGUGAAGUUCCCAUCCUCCAGUCACAUUGCUUUCUCCACUCUCCAGAAAUAUAUUAGUUGUUUGUCUACCUUUUUGUGGCCUCUUUCCCCACUGGAAUGUAAGCUCCAGGAGAGCAAGGAUUUGUGUUAGUCACUGCUGUAACCCGUGUCUGGCAUAUGGUUUAUACUGUCAAUCAAUAUGAGUGAGUUUUGUGUAGUCUUCUUUUCAGAUAGAAAGUCUUCUCAACCCUGAUUCUGGAGCUUUUUCAUCUGGGCUGGGUAUGACCAGGAGCAGAGAAGAGGUGACCAGCUUGGCCUUCCACUCCCAAACCUUCCGCUGGUUGUGCCUUUUUCCUCCCAUCGUAAGAGCCCCCAGAAUCCCAUCCACUGUAUGUGCAUCAGCCUUCCUCUCUGGCACAUUUUUUGCACAGCUCUCAGAAGUAGAGAUUUAAAUGCCAAAAGACCUGGGGAAAAAAGAGCACAAAACCCUGGAAGACCUGGUUCUUACCUUUAGGAGUCUGUAAUUGCAUUAAAAGGACGGAGGACUCACAGAAAGCAGUUUAGGAUAGUUGCCACUCACUGAGCUGCGGGGCGGAUUAGCACCCCUGCUGUGAGACUAUGUGGCUGGGGGGUGGAAACGAUGGCCUGUGUCUCCUGGUUGCCUUGUGCUGUUCAUAUGUGGUUUCUGGAGGCAUCUACAGGUGAGUUAUGAAUUCCCAGGUGGCCCCACAGUCUAGGAACUUGUUCUGAGCAAAGCGUUACUUGUAUAAGGGUAAAAGGUGCACGAGAAUAUUCUCAUGCGGGGCAGGGCUGGGGGGAAGGUGGGCUGAGUGAUGGUGUCUUUGACUUGGUCUCUUGGGUGCCAUGGGAGGCGGUGUGGCACAGGAAUCAGGGACUCACGCAAAGCCCGUCUUUCCCACUUACCCAACUGUGGGGCCCUGUUAAGAUUACAUAGAGAAUGCGUUUAGCACGAUGUCUGGUACACCCUCAUAAAUGUUCACUGAGAUUAUUUCAGCCUGGCAUUUUGGGAACCACUUGUGCCUCAGUUUCCCGAUCUCUAAAACAGGGAUAAUAAUACCUGAGGCCCACCUGCCCUUCCCCGCCCCCCUGCUGUUGUGAGGACCGAAGGGUUAAUAUCCUCAGGCUUCGAGGGCCUGGGAUGGGGGAGGUGCUGCAUAAAUGGAGUAUUGUUGUGCUGGUGAAUGAUCUGGCUUUGUUCUUGAGUCUUCAGAAUUUGACUUCCUGCAGUUAGUAUCCCAUGUGCUUAAUUGCUGGAGAUAUUUGCACCUCCUCAGCUGGUGGCACUCACCUCCUGGGCUUAUAGCCAGGGCCCUCACCUAGCAGGGACCUGCUGAGUGGUGGUGGGAAGCUGCACUUCCUGUGCUAGGGGCCCCCAGAAACCAGGAAUGAGAGAAAUGCAGAAAGUAUGACCCACAGGCGGAACUGGUUCUGAAUAGGACGUUUAUUGACGAGGUUUUGCAGGAGGCGGCGGGCGCUUUAAUUCCCGAGGCAGUUGGUGGCAGCUUGCUGCUCUCCCCAGGCCUGUUAACUGCUCUGCUGCCGGUCCUGGGGAGAAUGCAGCUUCCCGGCCCCUUGCUGCCCUCCUGGUGCUUGGAUGGGAGCCCUUUUAAGGAAAGCGAAUCUCCCUGGGGUGCCCACCCCAGGCAGCAAUGCCAGGAUGCCCGUGUCUGCCUCCCUCCGCCAAGAAGGCAGCCAGGAGCGGCCGGUGAGCCUGACGUCCACCAGCUCCUCCUCGGGCUCCUCCCGUGACAGCCGCGGGGCCAUGGAGGAGGCCAACGGCUGCGAGGCUCCUGCCCAGAAUGGGGCAGGCUCCCCGAGAGGCCGGCAUCCCCCCAACAGCAACAACAACUCCAGCAGCUGGCUGAACAUGAAGGGGCCCCGGUCCCCAUUCAGCAGCCGGGCGGCGGCAGGGUCUGUGCACCACAAGCUCAGCUACCUGGGCCGCGUGGUGCGGGAGAUCGUGGAGACGGAGCGCAUGUACGUGCAGGACCUGCGCAGCAUUGUGGAGGACUACCUCUUAAAGAUCAUUGACACGCCCGGGCUGCUGCAGCCAGAACAAGUCAGCGCCCUUUUUGGGAACAUAGAAAGCAUCUAUGCACUGAACAGCCAGCUACUCAGAGACCUGGACAGCUGCAAUAGUGACCCCGUGGCUGUGGCCAGCUGCUUUGUGGAAAGGAGCCAAGAGUUUGAUAUCUACACCCAGUAUUGCAACAACUACCCCAACUCCGUGGCCGCCCUGACAGAGUGCAUGCGGGACAAGCAGCAGGCCAAGUUCUUCCGGGACCGGCAGGAGGUGCUGCAGCACUCGCUGCCCUUGGGCUCCUACCUGCUGAAGCCAGUCCAGCGCAUCCUCAAGUACCACCUGCUGCUCCAGGAAAUUGCCAAACAUUUUGAUGAAGAAGAGGACGGCUUUGAGGUGGUGGAGGAUGCCAUUGACACCAUGACCUGUGUGGCCUGGUACAUCAACGACAUGAAGAGGAGGCACGAGCACGCGGUCCGCCUGCAGGAGAUUCAGUCGCUGCUCAUCAACUGGAAGGGGCCAGACCUGACCAUCUAUGGGGAGCUCGUCCUGGAGGGCACAUUCCGCGUGCACCGCGUGCGCAACGAGAGGACCUUCUUCCUCUUUGACAAAACACUGCUCAUCACCAAGAAGCGGGGCGAUCACUUUGUGUACAAGGGUCACAUCCCGUGCUCCUCCCUGAUGCUGAUCGAGAGCACCAGAGACUCCCUGUGCUUCACCGUCACCCACUACAAGCACAGCAAGCAGCAGUACAGCAUCCAGGCCAAGACGGUGGAGGAGAAGCGGAGCUGGACUCACCACAUCAAGAGGCUCAUCCUGGAGAACCACCAUGCCACCAUUCCCCAGAAGGCCAAGGAAGCCAUCUUGGAAAUGGAUUCCUACUAUCCCAAUCGGUACCGCUACAGCCCAGAGCGGCUGAAGAAGGCGUGGUCCUCCCAGGACGAAGUGUCCACCCACGUGCGCCAGGGCCGCCGGCAAUCUGAGCCUGGCCACUCCCCGUACCGCCGGGCAACACUCCCCAGCGAGCAGCGAGGCUUCCUGACGCCAGGCCUUCAGGGCCGCAGGAAGUCGGAGCCGACCAAACAUCUGCUCAGGCACGCGAACGAGAAAGCAGCCAGCGAAGCAGGAAUGAAGCAUGCAGGCAGCGCUGGCACCCUCCUGGACUUUGAGCAGCCCCCCCGUACACGGGGCCUGCAGCCAGAGGCUGAGGGGGCUGCUCAGGAGGGGCAGGAGGAAGAGGAGGAGGUGGUCGAGGAGGAGGAGGAGGAGGAAGAGCAGGCCUUUCAGGUUUCUCUGGAGGACCUGGCAGGGCAUGAAGGCAGCGAGAAGGGGACUGGGCCAGAGCCCCCAGGCUCGGAGGAGGAGGAGGAGGAGGAGGAGGAGAGCCUGGCAGUGGCGGAGCAGGUAGCCGACUUUGCCAGCUCCCUGCUGGCCGCCCUCCACUGCUGGCACUAUCGGGCCAACGCUUUACUUUUCUCCCGGGGCGCUAUGGGGAAGGGGCGCAGGGAGUCCGAAGGCCCCAAGAGCUGCAGAAGGCCCAGUGGCCGGUCCCCAACCAGUGCUGAGAAGCGCAUGAGCUUCGAGUCCGUCUCUUCCCUGCCAGAGGUUGAGCCAGAUGCCGAGCCUGGGGCCGAGCAGGAGGUGUUUGCCACUGUGGAAGGCGCCGGCGCCGAGGAGAUGCCUUCAGACACAGAGUCUCCAGAAGCACUGGAGACACAGCUUGACGCCCACCAGGGGCUGCUGGGGAUGGACCACCCGGGUGACAUGGGGGACUUCGCGGUGGCUGAGAGCACCGAGGACCUUAAGGCCCUGAGCAGUGAGGAGGAGGAAGAAAUAGGGGUCGCCCAGGAGCCCGAGAGCCUCCUGCCACCCUCCGUGCUAGACCAGGCCAGCGUCAUUGCUGAGAGAUUCGUCAGCAGCUUCUCCCAGCGGAGCAGCCUGGCGCUGGAGGACGGCAGGUCCAGCGGCUUCGGGACCCCACGGCUGGUCAGCCGCAGCAGCAGCGUACUCAGCCUGGAGGGCAGCGAGAAGGGCCUGGCCCGGCGUGGCAGUGCCUCUGACUCCCUCAGCUGUCAGCUCCCCCCAGAAGUGGGUGGCACUGUGGGGGCAGCCACAGAGGACGGCCCUGCUGUCAACGGGACAGAGCCCCCAAACUCGGGCUGCCCUGUGGAGCCUGACAGGCCUUCCGGUAAGAAGAAGGAAUCCGUGCUCUCCACCCAAGACCGGCUGCUGCUGGACAGAAUUAAGAGCUAUUAUGAAAAUGCGGAGCACCACGAUGCGGGCUUUAGCGUCCGGCGCCGGGAGAGCCUCUCCUACAUCCCCAAAGGACUGGUGAGAAACUCGGUCUCCAGGUUCAACAGCCUGCCCAGGCCAGACCCGGAGCCGCUGGCCCCAGAGGGGCGCAAGAGACAAGUGGGCUCCCGGCCGGCUUCGUGGGCUCUGUUUGAUCUCCCAGGACCAAGCCAGGCAGGCACAGAGGACCCGCCUCCUAUCACAGAUGCUGAGUUCCGCCCGUCUUCCGAAAUUGUGAAGAUCUGGGAGGGGAUGGAGUCUUCCGGGGGGAGCCCUCGGAAGGGGCCGGGCCAUGGCCAGGCCAACGGCUUCGACCUGCACGAGCCGCUCCUCAUCCUGGAGGAGCACGAGCUGGGAGCCAUCACCGAGGAGUCGGCCACCGCCUCUCCGGAAAGCGCCUCGCCCACCGAGCGGCCCAGCCCGGCCCACCUGGCGCGGGAGCUGAAGGAGCUGGUGAAGGAGCUGAGCAGCGGCGCCCAGGGGGAGCUGGUGGCCCCGCUGCACCCCCGCAUCGUGCAGCUCUCCCACGUGAUGGACAGCCACGUGAGCGAGCGCGUCAAGAACAAGGUGUACCAGCUGGCCCGCCAGUACAGCCUCCGCAUCAAGAGCAGCAAGUCGGCCAGGCCACCCCUACCGUGGGACAAGGCGGCUCCCGAGAGGGAUGGGAAGAGAGCCACCGUUCCCUGCCUACAGGAGGAGGCUUGGGAGCCAUCUGGUGGCAAAGGUAAGAGGAAGCCGGUGCUGUCCCUCUUCGACUAUGAGCCUCUGGUGGUCCAGGAGCAUAGCCCCCCCAAGUCCUCCUCUGCCGGGGAGACGGCACCGCCGAGUUUCUCCUUCAGCCCUUCUGCUGCCAGCCCGAGGACCACCUCGCCUGGGGCCCGGCCCUCCUCCCGGAGCCCCCGAAGCCCCUUCGACACUGAGACCUUCAACUGGCCCGAUGUCCGAGAGCUCUGCUCCAAGUACGCCUCCCACGAUGAGGCUCUCCGGGCUGAGGGCAGCCAGCCCCGUGGCCCCCCCGUCAACCGGAGCCGCUCAUUGCCCGAGAACAUAGUGGAGCCGCCUCGGUCUGGCAGGGUGGACCGCUCCUGCAGCCUGAACACCAAGAGGGGCAAGGGAGGCGGAGAGGCUGCCCAGCCCCAGCCCCCCCGAUCUCCACCCCAAAUCGGGACAGAUGGAGGUGAGGCCUUGUUUGUCACCGCAGACCUCAUCCUGGAGGACAACCGGCGGGUGAUUGUCAUGGAGAAGGGGCCCCUUCCUGGCCCCACUGCAGGGCUGGAGGAGGAGGGCGGGGGACAGGGACUAAGCUCACCAGCGGCCCCGGUGGGGCAGGGCCAGGAUUUCCAGGAGUCUGUAGCGUGCCGGCCGAAGGAAGAGGGCGCGAGGGACCCAACAGACCCCAGCCAGCAGGGCAGAGUGAGAAACCUGAGAGAGAAAUUCCAGGCCUUGAACUCUGUGGGUUGACUCUGACUCCUGGGGGAAGGAGUCACGCUGGAGGUUGGGAAGAGCCUGGGUCACAGGAGCCCUGCCCAGGGCCUGCGGAAGGCUGUCCCCUCUGCUGUCCUGGAAGCCGGCUCCCAUGUGGGGUGGACUCGCUGCUGCCUGUGCCGCGUGCUGGUGCAGCCCCCCACAGGCCCCAUGAGCCACUCUUCCCCUCUGAGGCCCAUGUGCCACUUCCCUUGUACAUAGUUCUUCUCCCGUAAGAAGCCAAAUAUUUAAGCUCACCUCUUCCCAGGAAGAGCAAGCUCUGCUCAGGCCACUGCCAGCCCGAGGAACCCACCCCAGGGCGACUUGGGAAGGGGCCUGGAGGUCCUUGCUCUUUAACUGUGCCUUUCCUUAGGAUCCAGGCAGGAAUGAAGCCAAUAAUUUAUUGCUUUCCAUUCUGUGGUGUGUGCGCGCACAUGUGAGUGUGUGUCCUCCUGUUGUUUAUGCCCCUCCUGUGAGGACUGUAACAGAUUCCGUUCAGGUACGCUGAGGGUUGUCUCGCUGACCCUGUGGUUGUCGCUAAUGUACACACAUUUCAUUAUUUGCCAAUGGUGCAAUAACCGCUGCUGACCAACUGA